UACGCGCAACUCGAUUUCGGCAAUCUGACCAAGCUGAUGGACGGCCUGGGCCUCACUCUGGAUUACACCCUAACGAUAUUCAAGUUGAUCAGCCUCUGGUUUAAUCGCCGGAUAUUUGCGGAUAUUCUGGUCGCGAUGGACGACGAUUGGAAGGACUGCGGGACCAAUUUGCGCGAAUGCGUGAUGAUGGACAAGGCUAGUCUGGCGCAUCGUUGCUCCAACGCUAUGAUAUCCGUCAAUGCUGUCGCCACUUUUCUAUAUUUCAUCGACAGCUACGUACGUGGACGUACACUUUCCAAGAACGGACAGUCCCGCGACUUUCCAAUACAGGUGCUGUUUCCAUUCGAGGUACACAAAACGCCCAUUUAUCAGCUCGUCGGUGUGGGAUUGUUUCUCCAUGUGUUAGAAACGGCGAUCGUAAUAGCGAUGCUGAACGCUUUGAUCUUAACGUUGGUUCUCCACGUAAGCGGACAAAUCGAUAUCAUGUGUCAAGAAUUGAAAGCGAUCUCUUCUAUGUCCAAAUGUAACAUGGUAUCCACCAAAUCGCUCGUCACACGACACCAAAAGAUCAUAUCGUUGUCGAAGAAUAUCGAAAGUUUCUUUUCAUUUGUUGCUCUGUUGCAAUUCGUGUGGAACACCUUUGUUAUUUGUGCCUUAGGAUUCAUGGUCGUGAUUUCUUUAGGUAUGAACAUGACGAGUAAAUCCGGAAUAUUGAUACAAUUUAUUAUUCCAUAUUUCGCAGUGACUAUCGAAGCUUUUGUUUUUUGUUUCGCCGGCGAGUAUUUGAGCAGUAAGAGCAGGGCUAUCGGCGAUGCGGCGUAUGAGGCGGUCUGGUACAAUUUAUCCAUUAGUGAAUGCCGAAUUUUAUUAUUCGUGAUCCUCCGAUCUCAAAAACAAUUAACUAUUACGGCUGGGAAAGUCAUGGACCUGACAUUAGAAGGUUUCACUUCAGUCAUGAAAGCUUCAGCCUCAUAUAUUUCGGUUUUAUACGCGAUGUAUUGAAACUCGAAUUAAUCUAUGCUGGUCAUGUGUAUAUUGUCA